UCUCAUAAAGGGACUUGGUGAAUUAUGUCGAGAAAUUGUAACCGAGAAUGAACAAAACCAAGGAGCAAGCUAUAACUUCUAUAAAAAUUUAAGACUUGUAGAAUCAUGUCAAGAAAUUGUAGGACUUGCAGAAUUGUGUCAAGGUUCUAUACCGACCUUACAACUGACAUUUACUGCUAAUCAGCUAAAUGGUUCUCCCACCACCUCUACCGAUACAGCAUUAUUCGAUAGCAUGUUUAAUUCAAGUUAUUUGGAAUUUGAAGAAAAUUAA